GACACAACAAAAGGCCAACGGUGUGAUUCUAUUUCAAGGGUUAAUCACAAGGAAUCCAGUCGUCUUUGAAAUAAUCGUCCAGAGACAGUUGAAUUUUUGGCCGACAAUGAGGAAUGCAGUGUACGAGGGAUUUUUUAUUACUCACUUUGCUUUUUUCCUUUUCAUCUGCGUGCACUUUGCCUAUGGAGAUGUGAGCUACAGCAUCGCAGAGGAGAUGAAACGCGGGUCCGUGAUAGGAAAUAUAGCAAAAGAUCUGGGUCUGGGGAUUAACACACUUUCUUUCCGGAAAGCGCGGAUUGACACAGAUGGGAAUGAUAAAAAGUAUUGUGAUAUUAACAUGAGCACCGGAGAUUUGAUUGUGACUGACCGGAUCGAUAGAGAUACUCUGUGUGGUAAGAAGGCAGCCUGCGUCUUAAAAGAGGAACUUGUUCUAGAAAACCCUCUAGAGCUUAAACGUAUCACUAUUCAGGUGAAAGAUAUAAACGACAAUACCCCGGAGUUUAGCGAGAACUUGAUUUUAUUCGAAAUAAGCGAAUCUGCCGUAAAAGGUGCUAAAUUCUUACUGACUGAAGCCCGUGAUGGAGAUAUCGGCACAAAUGCAGUGCAACGCUAUGAUUUACAGAAUAAUGAGCAUUUCACCAUUAAUGUAAAUACAGAGGCGAGUGGACGGAAGCAGUCUGAAUUGGUUUUGGUAAAAGAGUUAGACCGAGAGCGAGAGGAGGAACUGAAAUUAGUGUUUACAGCUGUAGAUGGUGGUUCUCCUCAGAAAUCAGGUACUGCCAUCAUUCACGUUACUGUGUUGGAUGCUAAUGACAACGCUCCAGUCUUCAGUCAGGAAAUCUAUAAAUCUAGUCUACCUGAAAACUCUCCUUUAGGUUUUCUAGUUAAUAUUGUGAGCGCCACUGAUGCAGACUCAGGUUCCAAUGGAGAAAUAACAUUUAACUUUGAUCAUAUGUCUGAUGAUCAUGUUUCUUUGUUUUCACUUGAUCAUAAAACAGGGGAGAUACGAGUAGCUGGCUUAAUUGAUUAUGAAACCUACACUUCAAUUGAAUUGCGCAUAAGGGCAAAAGACGGACCAGGUCUUACGUCAUAUUGUACAGUAAUUAUAGAUAUAACGGAUGUAAAUGACAAUCCACCUACAGUCACUUUGAAAUCGCUGUCUAACCCCAUACCUGAGCACGUGUCACCUGAUACAGAGGUGGGCAUCAUUAACGUGCAGGACAGAGACUCUGGAAAUAACCGUCAAGUACGUUGCUCCAUUCAGCAAGGCGUUCCCUUUAAAUUAGUUCCUUCUAUUAAAAACUAUUAUUCCCUGGUGACCACAGAACAACUGGACCGGGAACUAGUGUCUGAUUACAACAUUACAAUCACUGCCACUGACGAGGGCUCUCCAUCUCUGUCCUCCUCUAAAACUGUUCAGUUAUCUGUAGCUGACAUCAACGACAACCCACCUGUGUUUGAGGAACAGUCCUACAGCGCAUAUGUGACAGAAAAUAACAAACCUGGCUCCACUUUAUGUUCCGUUACUGCUCGAGACCCUGACUGGAGACAGAACGGUACAGUGAUUUAUUCUUUGUUACCUGGUGAGGUGAAUGGAGCCCCGGUGUCCUCCUAUCUGUCUGUUAACGGAGACACGGGGGUAAUCCACGCUGUGAGGUCGUUUGAUUAUGAACAGUUCAGGAGCUUCAAAGUUCAGGUGAUGGCCAGAGACAACGGUUCUCCUCCACUCAGCAGCAACGUGACGGUCAGUGUGUUCAUCGCUGACGUGAAUGACAACUCACCUCAGAUAUUGUACCCCACCACGGAGGGCAGCUCCUUUAUGACCGAGCUGGUGCCAAAAGCUGCACAAGGAGGUUCUCUGGUGUCCAAAGUGAUAGCAGUGGACGCAGACUCCGGACAGAACGCCUGGCUGUCAUAUCACAUAGUAAAAUCCACUGAUCCUGGACUUUUCAGUAUUGGUCUCCACAGCGGAGAGAUCAAGACACAGCGGGACAUUUCAGAAUCUGACAGCAUGAAACAGAAUCUUAUCGUGGCAGUGAAAGAUAACGGACAGCCCUCUCUGUCUGCCACCUGUUCCAUGUAUUUACUUAUUUCUGAUAACUUGGCUGAGGUGCCAGAACUGAAGGAUAUUUUUCAUGAUGAGAAGAACUCCAAGUUAACAUAUUACUUGAUCAUUGCGCUGGUGUCUGUGUCUACGUUUUUUCUGACCUUCAUCAUCAUCAUCCUGGGUGUGAGGUUUUGUCGCAGGAGAAAACCCAGACUGUUGUUUGAUGGAGCAGUUGCCAUCCCCAGCGCGUAUCUUCCUCCUAACUACGCAGAUGUUGACGGCACAGGAACUUUACGCAGCACUUACAAUUAUGACGCCUACCUGACAACAGGAUCUAGAACCAGUGACUUUAAGUUUGUUUCAUCUUAUAAUGACAACACGCUGCCUGCUGACCAGACCCUGAAGAAAAGCCCAUCAGAUUUUGCUGAUGCGUUUUGCCUGCCCGACGAGUUUCCUGAGUCACAGUAA